AUGGAUUCUUCUUUUUUUCUUCACGGUUUCUGUGCUGCAAUAGGCUUCUUCAUGCUUAUGGGUAUACCAUUUUUCAUGGUUUAUAGAAAAUUCAGAUAUUUUCAAGGAAACAAAGAUUUGGAUUCGUCUUCUUCAUCACCUCCACCUUCUUUAUCUUCUUCAUCUCCUCCAUCUUCUUUAUCUUCUUCAUCUCACCCAUCUUCUUGGUCUCCUCCAUCGUCUUUGUCUUGCAAAUGCACAUAUGAUGUCUUUUCAAGCUUCCGCGGUGAAGAUGUACGCAGAAACUUUCUCAGUCACUUUCAAAAGGAAUUUUGGAGAAAGGGAAUCACUCCAUUCAUUGAUAAUGAGAUCAAGAGAGGAGAAUCCAUUGGUCCUGAACUAAUACGGGCAAUUAGAAGAUCUAAGAUUGCAAUCGUACUGCUCUCAAGGAACUAUGCUUCUUCAAAGUGGUGUCUUGACGAAUUGGUGGAAAUUAUGAAUUGCAAGAAGGAGUUGGGUCAAAUAGUGUUUGCCAUUUUCUAUGAAGUUGAUCCAUCCCAUGUAAAAAAGCUUAGCGGAGAAUUUGGAGCUGUCUUUGAGAAAACCUGUGCUAGUAAAACAAAGGAAGAGAUCGGGAGAUGGAGACAAGCUGUUGCGGAAGUGGCCACAAUAGCUGGUUACGACUUAAGAAACUGGGAUAAUGACGCAGUCAUGAUUGAAAAUAUUGUCACCGAAAUUUUUAAAAGGUUGAUGAAUUCCACGCCAUCAAGUGAUUUCGAAGGUUUAAUUGGGAUGGGAGCUCAUAUCGAAAAGAUGAAAGAGUUGCUUUGCUUAGAUGAAAGGAGGACCAUUGGGAUUUUGGGUCCUUCUGGAAUUGGUAAGACUACCAUUGCUAGAAUUCUACAUAAUCAAAUCUCCUAUGGUUUUGAACUGAGUAUAUUCAUGAAAUUCAAACCAAGUUAUGCAAGACCAACUUCUUCUGAUGACCACGAUGUGAAGUUGCUGUUAGAGCAACAGUUUUUAUCUCAAUUACUCAACCAAGAGGAUUUCAAGAUUCCUCAUUUAGGAGCAGCACAAAAUUUCUUGAAGAACAAAAAAGUGCUUCUUGUUCUUGAUGGGGUCGAUCAAUUAGUACAAUUACGUGCCAUUCCUAAAGCUCGUCCUGGAACUCGAACUAUUAUCACAACACAAAAUAAAAAGCUAUUGAAGGCAUCUGAGAUCAAACAUAUCUACAAAGUCAAUUUUCCACCAUUUGAUGAGGCUUUUCGAAUCUUGUGCAUGAAUGCGUUUGGUCAGAAUCUCCCCUAUGAUGGUUUCAAGGAUCUUGCCACAGAAGUUACAAUACUUGCUGGUAAGCUCCCUUUGGCAUUAAGAGUUAUGGGUUCUCAUUUCCAGGGAAUGUCCAAGCAAGAGUGGAAAAGAGAACUACCAAGGUUAAGGAUUCGCCUUGAUGGAGAAAUUAGGAGCAUUUUAAAGUUCAGUUAUGAUGCCUUAGACGAAGAAGACAAAGACUUAUUUCUCCAUAUAGCCUGUUUUUUCAACGACGAAGGCAUUAAUCAUCUCUUUGAAGAUACUCUUCGACACAAAUUCUCAGAUGUGUGGCAAGGAAUUAGGGUCUUAGUUCAGAGAUCUCUCAUAUCCAACCAUAAACAUUUCCCAAUGCAUAAUCUACUAAUCCAACUUGGUAGAGAAAUCGUUCGUAACCAAUCCAUUUAUGAGCCUGGGAAACGUCAGUUUUUAGUUGAUGCUAAGGAUAUUUGUGAAGUACUCACUGAUAAUACAGGCAGUAGGAGCGUUAUAGGCAUAAAAUUUGACUUUUCUACUAUCAAGAACGACCAGAAUAUAAGUGAGAGAGCAUUUGAAGAAAUGCCUAGUCUUCAGUUUUUAAGCUUCCACUGUGGUUACGGUAAUGAUCGCAAAAUAUUGCACUUACCACAAGGUCUAAACUACCCUCCAAAGCUUAGAAUCUUACGUAGGGAUAAUUAUCCAAUGACAUAUUUUUCAAGUCCGAUUAAUCCGGAGUUCCUGGUGACAAUAAAAUUGUAUUAUAGCAAGCUUGAAAAAUUGUGGGAAGGAAUUCAACCGCUCAGAUAUCUUAAGUUGAUGACUUUACACUAUUCUGCUGGCCUAAAGAGGAUUCCCGAUCUCUCAACUGCUACUAAUCUCUAUGAUUUAAAUCUCAACGGUUGUUCUAGUCUGGUGGAACUCCCCUCCUCAAUUGGAGAUGCUAAUAAUCUCACUUACCUGGAUCUCAGUGGAUGUUCAAGAUUGAUAAAGCUCCCUUCUUCUAUUUGGAAUGCCAUUAAUCUCCAAAAAUUGAAUCUUGAAGGAUGUUCAAGUUUGUUGGAGCUCCCCUCCUCUAUUGGAGAUGCCAUUAAUCUCCUAGAAUUGAAUCUUGAAGGUUGUUCUAGUCUGGUGGAGCUCCCCUUUUUCAUUGGCAAUGCCACUAAUCUUCAAAUACUGAAUCUUCAGAAAUGUUCAAGUCUGAUGAAGCUCCCUUCCUCUUUGGGUAAAGCCACAAAUCUCAAAAGAUUGUAUCUUCGCAAAUGUUCAAGACUAGUUAAGCUCCCUUCUUCUAUUGGAAAUGCUUCUAGUCUCCAAAAACUGAAUCUCAAUGGAUGCAAAAGUCUUGUAGAGCUCCCAAACUCUAUUGGGAAACUCACUAAUCUUUAUGACUUAGAUAUUCGUGGAUGUUCAAGUCUGUUGGAGCUUACGUCAUCGAUUGGGAAUAUCAUCAGUCUCCAGAAUUUGAAUCUCAGUGAAUGUUCAAAUCUAGUAGAGCUACCCUCUUCUAUUGGAAAAGCCAUUAAUCUCCAAUAUUUGAAUCUCAGGGGAUGCUCAAGAUUUGUGGAGAUCCCCUCGUCUAUCAGAAACCUCCAUAUGUUAUCGGGUUUGAGUUUGCAAAGAUGCUCAAGGCUAAAGAUUCUUCCAACCAACAUGAACCUGGAACUUCUAAAAUUCACUGAUGUUACUGGUUGCUCGAAGUUGAUUAGUUUUCCUGAGAUUUCUACAAACAUUAGAUGGCUUAUGCUCCGUGGAACUUUGAUAAAGGAAAUUCCUUUAUCGAUUAAGUCAUGGUCUCGACUUCAAGACUUGCAUAUAACAUAUUGCAAGAACCUUGAAAAAUUUCCGCAUGCGCUUGACGUCAUCACAGAGCUCGAGUUGAAUGAUCUAGAAAUAGAAGAAGUUCCUCCAUGGGUAAACGUAAUCUCUCGAUUAUGUCGGCUUGUACUCAACAAAUGCAGGAAACUUGUAUCACUCCCACAGCUUCCGGGCUCCCUAAUAUCUUUAGAUGCAGAAAAUUGUGAGUCUCUGGAGAGACUUGCUUGUACCUUCCCGAAUCCCCAUAUUCGUCUUAACUUUGUUAACUGCUGGGAACUGAAUGAAACAGCGAGAGACAUCAGCAUCCAGACAACGACUAGUGAAUAUGCAAUCUUACCAGGUAAAGAAGUGCCUGCGUUCUUCACUUACCGAGCUACUACUAAAGGUUCUCUAACAGUGAAGUUAGAUCAGAGGCGUUAUCCUACAUCGUUGAGAUUUAAGGCUUGCAUCUUGCUGGUUAAUAAGGGUGACGAAGGAGCUUGUGAAGAAGUUGAAUCAAAGGUCUUUGUAUCUUCCACCAUCAAGGACAAACAGACUGGUCUCAAUGUUGUUACGCAAAGACUAGGAAGCCAUCAUAUACAUCCAGUUUUAACAGAGCAUCUGUACAUAUUUGAAGAUCAAGUAGAAAACGUGGAAACCAGCGAGCUUUUCUUUGAGUUCAAAGCCCACAGCGACGUAUGGGAGAUAAGUGAAUGCGGGAUAUGCGAACUCUUGGAGGACCAUCAUGUCGACAGUUCUAUAAUGGCAUGA